CAAAGUGACAAAUGAUGUUAGAUGCCUGAAUAAAUUAAAAAGUAAACAAAGCUCCAGAUAAAUAACAAGUUCCUAUAAACAACAAUUGAAUUGAACAUCAUUGUGCCAAUGUAGUGAUCAAAUUUGGUGAAAUUAAUAAUGGUAAAAGUUGAGAACCCUAGAAAUUUUUAGGAAACACAAUAUACUAAAUGAAUUUCGCUUGAAAAUUCAAUAUUCCGGUGGAAAUUGUCCUAAAAUGAGAUGAAAUUCAACAUUAUUGUAUCGGCAAAAUGCGUCGAAAAUUUGUUUUUUUUCUACUAAUAUGUUUUCUACACAAUGUGACUGGGGAUGAAGAUUUCUGUCCUAAAAAAUGUGACUGCAAAAAAAACAACGCCCAGAAAGGAUUUUCUGACUUUCUGAAGUUAAAAUGUGGUGAUACAGAGAAAAUUAGUGAAUUAGACGAAAUUGACCUCCUAAAUAUUGCCAAUGAAAUAAUACAACUUAACUUAUCUGAUAAUCUCCUGACAACAUUCUAUCCAAAGGUGCAACUAAUUGAACUACAAAAAUUGGAUUUGAGUAGGAAUCAUAUAAAAUUUCUCCAUAAAGAUCAAUUUGCUGAAUUACCAAAUUUAAGAAGGCUUGAUUUAUCUCAAAACCUAAUAGGUCAGAUUGAUACCUUAGCUUUUAACAAUUUGAAAAAACUUGAGAGACUGAGAUUGUAUCAAAAUCAAUUGAGUUUUAUACUGCAGGGUACAUUUGAUCCUUUAAUUAAUUUGAAGCAGCUUGAGAUAUCCAAUAAUCCUUUGAUUUGCGACUGUAGAACACUAUGGAUUCUCCAAUGGAGCCAAAAAACUUCUGUGAAGUUGGUCUCAAACCCCAAGUGCGGAUCUCCUAUUUACCUCAAAGGUUUACCUUUAAGAAAACUCAAAUUAUCUCUAGAAAAAGACUGUUCUUCUAUAAAAUCAUACGGAGGUACCUCUGUAGUUGUUUUGAAACCUUCUGAUAAACAAAUAGUUUUUGAAGGUGAUUCUCUGACAUUACAAUGUAAAGCACCAGUGAUAAUAGAUAGUGAAGAAUCAUCUAUUUUAUCAAGAAUUGAAUGGACAUUUUCCAAUGAAGAAAUUCCUUUCACAGAUAUUCAGGUUAAAAAUGAACUAUUAGGAAGCAUAGAACUCAUGGAAAGUAAUUUAAAAAUUCCAAAACUGUUUGAGAAUCACACAGGUGAAUGGAAUUGUAUUUAUGUUACAAUUCAUCAGAACUACUCAAAAAGUAUUGAGGUUUUUGUUAUAUCUGAGGAAACUAAGUAUUGUCCCCUUGCAUACUCCACGAAUAACAAGGGUACAUACACAUGGCCGAAAAGUAUUGUAAAUAAUACUGUCAGUAUUACUUGCGAAUCUUUGAACUUGAGUCUAAAUGUCUCAGAGCAGAAAGCCGAUUAUUUCUGCUCGCCCAAUGGUACAUGGGAGAAUUUAGACACGUCGGCUUGUCAAUAUGUUUCUGAACCAACAAAAAUCCUUCAGCAGUUUUCAAGAAUAAACACAAGUAUUUUAGAAAGUGCCGAAUUGUUUAGGAAUUACACUUCAAAUUUGAGAAUGUUUAGAGAUGUGGUAGAUUUGAGGUUCGCAGUUGAUACCAUCGUUAACUACCUUGAAUACAUGCCUAUAGAGCAAGUUGGUGUAGUACUUAUGGAUGUGGUUAAUAAUUUGUUGGAUUUGCCGAAACGUUAUCUUGUUGAGACCGAUAGGGAGGAAAAAAUUUGUGGCAAAUUAUUGAAUGCUACAGAGCAUUUGGCUAGCAUAACCCCAUCGCCUCAGCUCCAUAAGACUAAUCUUGCUUUGGAGGAAUUCUCAAUUAACAAAGAUGGUUUUAUUGGAUUAAAAUGCACAUGGUAUGUAAAUCUAGACCUCAAAACCGAUCGUUUGUUCUAUUGCGAAAAUAGUGAAUCUGAAGCAGUGCCCAUGAAAGGCAAAAUUAUAGAAGCAUCGAUAACUAUACCCAAAACUCUGUUCCAUGAGAUCAAUCAAAAUUUGACUUCCAAAAUAUACAAGAUUCUGGUAGCUAUGCAUGUUGACAACAAGCUAUUUUCUAUGGAUGACGAACGGAUAAAGAAGGAGGAUGUUACAUCCUCAGUUGUGGGGACAAAAUUAGUCAACUUCACCGUUACAAAUUUGACCUAUCCCGUAUCCAUAAGACUGAGGACACCACCGUCUGUGGCUUACGAAAUUGUCCCAUUUACUCCUGUAUGGUGGAAUCCGUCAUUGAACAAUGGUUCCGGAAGCUGGACGUCAGAAGGUUGCGAAUUCAACUACGCGCUUCAAGAUCACUUAGUUUUUUCCUGCGAAAAUUUCGGUUACUACGGUCUCCUGCAAGACAUCUCACAGAUCCGAUACACAGAAACAUUGACGAAAUUCAGAUUUUCACAUCCCGCAAUUUAUAUUGGUAGCGUUAUUCUCUUUGUAACCUUUUUUAUAGCUAUCAUGACUUAUCUGCUAUGCUACGACGCCAUACAAAUGGCUAAAAAGGCUAAACAUUGUCUGAUCAACAUGUGGAUGUCCAUCUCUUUCCUCUGCUUCAUGUACAUCUUCGGUAUUUACCAAACUGAGGAUUUGAGGUUAUGUCAAAUUAUUGGUAUAUUCUUGCAUUAUUUCACUCUAUGUUCCAUUCUCUGGAUCUGCGUGGCCAUCAACUGCAUGUACAAGAGACUCAGCAAGAACACCACCAUAGAACUGCAUGACGACGAACUGCCAUCGGAUCAACCAAUCCAGAAGCCUAUCUUGGGGUUGUAUUUGGUCGGUUGGGGCGUGGCCAUGAUCAUCUGCGGCAUAUCGGCAGCGAUCAACAUCAACGAUUAUUCGUCGCCCGGCUAUUGUUUCCUAAAGAUGGGACCGCCUUUGAGCGCCCUCUACAUACCGUUCAUAGUUCUCUCCCUCUUCAUUUUCGUGUUCUGCCUGCUCGUACGUUGCGCCAUCUACAAUCUGGACGUCAACGGUCACUUGAGCGAAGGCACUCAAGCGACCGAGAAUGUCGACCUUGAUUUGUUGGAGCCAAACUUCGCGAGCGCGGAGAAUCGAAGCAUAAGGAGCACUUCUACAAAGACCUCGAGCGAGAUAGAGGAUCCGGAGCAUGCGCCUAUCACGCAGCUGAAAGCUUAUAUCAUAUUUUUGGUUAUGUACGUGUUCACUUGGCUGUGUUGCGCUUUUUCGACGGUACAGCCCUUCCAUUUCUCAAGUUACGAGGAAGACAUCUUCAGCUGGAUGUAUGCAGUGUCAGCCACUUUGUUUUCGGCUUUCACCCUUUUCUUUUACUGCGUUGCUCGCAAUGACGUAAGAACGCAAUGGGGGGCUUUCUGCAGAUGGACCAGAGGCAAGAAAACCUGCUUUCGAACUAGAAACGUGUCGGAUAACUCUGUACCUCAGAUUCAGAUACAGCCCCUUCCGACAAUGCCUGUGGGGAAUGAGGUGACCAUCACUUCAAGGUCAAGUAGCAGGAGCUCGAACAACACUAAGACUAACUCGCACCACAGUAACUUGCUGAAACCAGCUGACUUGAACAGCUCGUUUACAGAUAGUCAAGGGACCAAGGUUAACAAUGUCAAUUUGAUAUCUCUGCAUCGUCAACAUUACAGAAUACAGGGUAUACCGAAUAUUAUAGAAAACCCCACCAGUGCUGCAGAUGUUUUUUACAAUCCGCAUCAGAGUACAGUUGCGAGGAAGUUCUUCAAACGACAAAAGAGGCACAUGAUGAAGCGUACGAACCUUACAGCUAGACCACGUGACAGUAGCGACGCUGGAUCAGUUAUAUCGGAGCCAAAAAGGUUGUGCGACGAUUCUAGUAUAGACCAAAAGAUGUUCGGUACUAAUUCGAAGGUGAACAACACCAACAUACACGUAGAGUAUGUCAAAAAGAUCAAACAGAAAAAUCCCAAUUUAUUCUCAGAUUCGGAUGAUUUCGAGUCUUCGAAUCAAGUAUCUGUGGAAAAUAUAGUGAAAAACGCGGAUAGAUUGAGAAAGAAAGAACUGUACAAACAGAGAAGCAAGAAGAAAUUGAACCAGCCAAGUGAUCCUCCAUCGGUUGAAAACAAUAUGCGUUCAGUGUCCCAACAGUGCACCUUGGAGUACAGCUCGGAGAACAUAUCAGAUUCGAUCUUGGACAAAACAAGCCCCGAUAAGAAUCUUGUGCCAAAAGACGAUGUGGGCUUCAUGGUAGCAGACGCAAAAAAGGUGCGAAAAAGAGGGUUUAGUCCUAUUGAAAGUCUGUCUACAGAAGACGAUCCGACAUACUGCAAAAUAAACGAGGUUCGUACGGAGAUGGCCAAGGAGCUCCUACAGUCCAACAGCUUGGGUCGUCGAAUGCAGGUUUCCAAGUACGAUACCAGUGACUUGAGUUCCGACGUUUUAGAGGGCGCUACAGGUGGUAAGCCGAGAUCUUCGAUGUUUCUGGAUCCUGCCCGAGAGCAGCUGUUGAGAAGGGGCCACAUCAGCCGAGCAAGCAGCGUUUCAGCGAGCGACCUGGACGAGCUCUACCAGCAGAUACGUAGGGGGCCCAAAGUCAAGUAUUCCACUUCUCAGGGUCAGGUUAAGUUGUGCAAAUCUAGCCGUAGCCCUUGUUUCUCGGAUUCCGAGAUAUCCUCCUAUGCUAAGUACGUGAACUGCAAGUAUAAGAAGGCGCCCAGUAUUGACAACCUCAGUGAUAACGUUGAAACGACGGUUUAGUUUUCAUCCCAGAGAUGGCGUUGUCUGAAACUAUACUCAGGGUAUAGAAUUCUAUCGUCUAGAUAUUCUAUGGACGGUUUUUUGACUGCGAAGAUGACAUAUACGUAACAAAGUGCAUUCGCAAUUUUUGCCUGUUCUUUUUAUUUUCAACAAGCUCAGUGUUACGAUCGAAUAUUAUAUUUUUUGUAAGAUGAAUACAUCGAAAUGUGCAUUAUCUUAAUGAUUUAGUUUAAGGUUUAUUUAAAAUUUCCAAUUGUAGAUAAAGAGUAUAUUAUGAGCUCUGAGAGACCUCAUCUCUUUAGAUUAAUGAAGUGUGGCAAUUGUGUGAAAUGAAUUUAUGAAACCUGUGAUACUUUUAAUUUUUUAAGGUUCGCAUGAGACUUAGGUUUUUGCUUAUAUUGAGUAACUGGUAUUUAUUUCUAAAUUUUUUUUCUAUUUGAGAGAUCUGGGAAUCGAGAUAUAUAUCCUGAAGCUUAUUGCUUGAAACAUGGUUAUGAUAUUGCCUUUGGACAAAAAUACUCAUUCCAGGUGUCCUUAGAUAUUUUUAAAUAUACUCAUAUCAGGACAGUCUGGUUUAAAAAAGAAAUGUUUAUGAAAAUGUACAAUUAUUUAAAGACUGUUGAUAAGAAUAAGCUAUAUGAUUAUUGCAAAUCCAAGUGUGUAAAGAUAUUGUAAGCCAGAGAAUGAAUAUAUUGAUGUGAUUGUCUA